ACGGGCCGCCCGGGAGGGACGCGGAAGAUGGCGGACGCGGCCGUGGGGAAGGAAAAGUGCGGGGACCAGCGGCUCGUGUCGCUGCCCCUGUCCCGCAUCCGAGUCAUCAUGAAGAGCUCUCCCGAGGUGUCGAGCAUCAACCAGGAGGCGCUGGUGCUCACGGCUAAGGCCACGGAGCUCUUCGUUCAGUAUCUAGCCACCUGUUCCUACAGACACGGCAGUGGCAAAGCCAAGAAAGCACUGACAUACAGUGACUUAGCCAGCACUGCAGAGGACUCAGAGACACUUCAGUUUCUCGCAGAUAUAUUACCAAAGAAGAUUUUAGCUAGUAAGUACCUGAAAAUGCUCAAAGAGAAGAGGGAAGAAGAGGACAAUGAGGACGAUGGAAGCGACCUUGGUGAAGCCCUGGCUUAGGCCAGCAAGAAGAGCUCUCAUCGUGUCCUGUGAGCAGGCACAUGCAAGGACAGACUAACAGCUGCAAAGUGAAGGACCUGCAACUUUGUCUCAGACUUGCAACUUGUUGCAUUCCCUCCUGCAGUGCGAAGCGGCAGCCUCUUGCGCAGGCCCUUCAGCCAUCUCCUCUCUCCCACUGGGAGAGUCCUGAGCAGAUGGCCCUGCUCUGGCUUUGGGUACAGCAGCACAUACCACUGAACUUCACACUGAACUUGCAGGGCAGACCUGGGAAGCUCCCCGGCAGCUGUGCAGUCGCGCGGACACACUGUUCUCACAGACCACAUGCGUACUGUGUGCUACCUUUAUUUUUCUCUUUUUAAAAAAUGGACUAUGCAGUUUUAUUGUACAGAAAUUUCUUUUCUCUUUCCAUUAAAGGUCUGUAUUAUACAGUAA